CCAAAAACCCUACUCUCAAAAAAGUUUCGAUGACUGAAACAAGAAGAGGACUCAAAGUGAAGAAGCAUAUUUAUUGAUCUCCAGCAAUGAUUAUUAGAUGCCAUGGUAGUGAAAUACCCAAUUAUGACCCUGCAUACGAAGCUAUUUUUUUCAGUGUAAAAGUAACACAUGGUGGUACGAUGAAGCAUCAACCUAGCAGAUAUUAUCUUGGGGGACGUGUAGAUUUUAUUGAUUAUGUUAACUAUACGGAGUUGAAUCUGUCGCAAUUCAAAUCCAUGGCAGAACUAUGUGGUUAUGAGAGAGAUUCUGUUACUUUUUGGCACAAGUGCGGGAGGUACGGGAAUAGAAUGCGACUUGUUUCUACUGAUGUAGAAGCCACUGUUAUAUCCAAAAAUAUUCCAGAUCAUAAGAUGGUUGAAUUAUACUUUGAACAUCUUGAUUCAUAUAUUGCAAAAACUACACAUACUAAUGAAGUUGGUGGAGUAGAACAAGAGAAAGAAGUAAAUAGCGAGCAUUCUCUGACUGAUGAUGAAUUUGAAGACUCAAAAAAUAAUUUUUCAGAUGAUAAUGAAAAUGUGAAUCAUAGACAUGAAGUUAGUGAAGAAGUUAAGAAAAAAUGACUGCUGAAGAAGGUGAUACAGAUUGUGUUGACUCGGAUGAUACACAGAGUUUAGAAUGUGACUCUGACAAUGAGAGUUUCAACUUUCCGAUGUUCAAUCCUAAAACAGACGGGGAUAAACUAGUGUUGGCAUUAAAAUUGACAUUUGAAAAUAAGCAUGAGUUCAAAUAUGUUGUAAUAACUCAUGAAGUUAAUGAAGGAAAGUAUAUUAAGUGGUGCAAGAAUGAUAACUCAAGAGCGAAAGCAACUUGUGGUCAUCCAAAUUGUAAAUGGGAGAUUCUAGCAUCAAGAAUGCAUCGAGAUAGAACAUUUCAGAUUAGAACAUACAAUCUCACUCAUGAUUGUAAGAUUUGGAACCACUGUAAUAAAGCAAUCACAUCUUCUUAUAUUGCAUAAAGAUAUCUUAAGGCCAUAAGCUCAAAUAGGUCUUGGGCAAUCGGUGUAUUCAGAGAUCAUGUUAGUGUGGAACUAAGAGUUCAAGUGACAUUAUCACAAUGCAGAAGGGCUAAGAAAAAAACACUUGCACUGGGAAUGGUUUUUGAAUUAUUUGAAGCUUGACUUAGACCUUGAUGAUGAUGGUACUUGGACCUUAA